CACCCAUACUGGUCUGGUGGAAAGCUUGAAUUGCCAUAAUUGAAGCCACCUACAAUUUCAUGCUCUCUCUGGUUCUUAUACCCUUACUCCCCCCUCUCUCCUUGUCCACCCAUCUCGCCAUCGCCAUGGAUUCCAUCUCCUCUUCUUCCCUCUCUCCCUACUACCAUCUCUUCUUCACUGCUUCUGCCUUCCUUCUCUCCGGCCUCAUCUUCCUCCUCUCCCGCAAAUCCAAGGCCAAGCGCCUCCGCCUCCCGCCCGGCCCCCCCGGCUGGCCCGUCGUCGGCAACCUCUUCCAGGUCGCCCGCUCUGGCAAGCCCUUCUUCCAGUACGUCCGAGAUCUCCUCCCCAGGUACGGCCCCAUUCUCACCCUCAAGAUGGGCGCCCGCACCAUGAUAAUCAUUAGCAGCGCCGACCUCGCCUACGAGGCUCUGGUCCAGAAGGGCCAGGUCUUCGCCACCCGCCCCAGGGAGAACCCCACCCGCACCAUCUUCAGCUGCAACAAGUUCACCGUUAAUGCCGCCCUCUACGGCUCCGUCUGGCGCUCGCUGAGGAAGAACAUGGUCCAGGGCAUGCUUAGUUCCGCCAGGCUCAAGGAGUUUCGCGAUGUCAGGGACUCCGCUAUGGACAAGCUCAUUGCCCGCCUUCGAUCCGAGGCCGAGGCCAACAAUGGCGCCGUUUGGGUCCUCAAAAACGCCAGGUUCGCGGUGUUCUGCAUCCUCCUGUCGAUGUGUUUCGGCAUCGAGAUGGACGAGGAGAUGAUCGAACGCGUCGACCAGAUGAUGAAGACGGUUCUAAUCACUCUCGACCCGAGGCUCGACGACUACUUGCCUCUCCUUAGCCCCUUCUUCUCCAAGCAACGCAAGCGAGCCCUGGAAGUUCGCGAGGAGCAAAUCAAAACCCUAGUCCCCUUGAUCGAGAAGCGGCAAUCGGUGCUCCAAAACCCCGGUUCGCAUCCAAACGCGGCUUCCUUCUCGUACAUCGACACCCUGUUCGACCUCAAAAUCGAGAACCGGAAAUCCUCUCCGACCUACCCCGAGAUCGUGACGCUUUGCUCGGAGCUCCUCAACGGCGGUACGGACACCACCGCCACGGCUCUCGAGUGGGCCGUGGCCCGAAUGAUCGAGAACCCGAGCAUCCAAUCCAAACUGUUCGACGAAAUCCGGAGCACAGUGGGGGACCGACCGGUGAACGAGAAAGACACCGAGAAAAUGACUUACCUAAAUGCCGUCGUAAAGGAGUUACUGCGGAAACACCCUCCCACCUACUUCUCGCUAACCCACGCCGUGACAGAGCCGGCGAAAUUGGGCGGCUACGACAUUCCGACCGACACGAACGUCGAGUUCUUCUUGCCGGGUAUUUCGGACGACCCGAAGAUCUGGGCCAGCCCGGAGAAGUUCGACCCGGACAGGUUCCUGGCGGGCGGGGAGGACGCGGACAUAACGGGGGUGACCGGAGUGAAGAUGAUGCCGUUCGGGGUGGGGCGGAGAAUCUGCCCCGGGCUGGGCAUGGCGACGGUGCACGUAAAUUUGAUGAUAGCCCGAAUGGUGCAGGAAUUCGAAUGGUCGGGCUACCCGGAAAGUAGUAACGGGAAGGUGGACUUGAGUGAGAAAUUAGAGUUCACUGUGGUGAUGAAGCAUACUCUGAGGGCCAGGAUCACGCCCCGCUCACGUGCUGAAUAAACAUGCUGGUUAUUAAGUAAUUGAGAGUUUAUGGCUAGCUAAUUAAAUUAUAAAAUAAUAUUUUCUUAAUUAUUAUAAUUUUAUCAUAAAGCCCGUGUGAUAUGAAUGUUACUAUAUAUAUCUAAUUUCUUCUUCUCUUUUGUUUUUUCUAAUUUUGAUUGUUGUUGUGAUGCUUAAUUUUGAAUUUCUUGUUGAUUAUGGUUCAUGAAUUAAUAUGUAUUUAAAAGUUAAAUUUA